AUGACCAACAUGGAAAGCUCAGCGGCUCAGGUUCAUGUCAAAGAAGCAGCCUUGGUCGUUCCUUCAGAUCCCACUCCUACUCAUCUUCUCAAGCUCUCUUCUGUUGAUUCCCAGCUCUUUUUACGUUUCACCAUCGAGUAUUUACUCAUCUACCGUUUCAAUGGCCUCCACACAGAUCACGUCACAGCUCGUGUCAAGUCUGCUCUGGCUCGAGCCCUGGUUCCUUACUAUCCAUUAGCAGGUAGAGUCAGGGUUCGACCAGAUGGUUCUUGUCUCGAGGUCGUUUGUCGUGCCCAAGGAGCUGUUUUCAUCGAAGCCACUGCUGAUUUUACGCUUUCCGAUUUCGAAAGGGCCCCACGUUAUGUUACGGAAUGGCGGAGGCUUUUGGCUCUGCAAGUGGCUGACGUCCUCAAGGGGGCGCCACCACUGGUGGUCCAGCUCACCUGGCUCUCCGACGGUGCAGCAGCUCUUGGUGUCGGCUAUAGCCAUUGUAUCUGUGACGGUGUCGGCAGCGUUGAGUUUCUCAACCUGUUCGCGGCGUUGGCCACCGGUCGCCGUCAUGGAGGGGGGUUGGAAUUUAAACCGAAACCCAUUUGGCAACGACACCUUCUUGAUCAGACACCGUUUAAACAACCUAGACCGAGGCAACACCUCGAGUUCAGCCGAGUUACUGACCAUUGCCAGUUUAUGACUCGGUUCACCCCUGACCAACUCACUCCCACCGCGGUCACAUUUGACGAAUGGAGACUAAACGAGUUGAAGAAUUCCAUAACUCCGACGAGUCAACUCAGCAAAUCAUCACUCACUUCAUUCGAGGUCUUGUCUGCUAAGGUUUGGAGAAGCUGGGCCAAAGCACUGAACUUCCCACCGCAACAAAUCCUUAAACUGCUUUUCAGCAUCGACAUACGCCACCGAGUCAAACCGAGUCUACCCACCGGAUACUACGGAAACGCCAUCGUACUCGGUUGCGCUCAGGCAACCGCGAGAGACCUAACAGAAAAGGGCUUAGCGUACGCCACGGAGUUGAUAAAAGAAGCAAAGAACCGAGUCGACGACCAAUACGUAAAAGAAGUAGUGAACUCAGUGAGUCUAAACGGAGCGAGAGGUGUGCCCGACCCAGUUGGCGUACUGAUUCUAUCACAAUGGUCAAAGCUGGGUUUGGAGAGGGUUGACUUUGGAAUAGGGAGGCCAGUUCAGGUGGGACCGGUGUGUACCGAUAAGUACUGUAUAUUACUACCUGUAGACGAUCACAGCCGUUCAGUGAAGGUGAUGUUAGCUGUGCCGUCCGUAGCCGUUGACAAAUAUGUUGAUUUGAUGAGAGCCGUCCAAUAAAACACCUGACUUUUUUGCUAA